AAUUACCUAAACUUGAAUCUCCAAAAUCCUCAUUCUAAUUCUGUAAAAUCCCACUGGCGACGGCGCGACGCGGCUUCGGACUGCGGUACCGACUGACUGAUAGAACCGUCCCCUUCAAACACAGGCUUCUAUUAACCUUUCCAAAAGCAAGAAAUGGUUAUUCCUCCACCAGUUAGACCAGAAAGAGUCACGAAGUUCCUCAAACCUUACGUCUUGAGGAUGCACUUCACCAACAAGUAUGUCAAUGCUCAAGUAGUCCACACGCCAACUGCAACAGUUGCCGCAGCUGCCAGCACGCAAGAGAAGGGCUUGAGGUUGGGGAUGAUAGAAGCGAAAGAAAACACGAGGGAUGUUGCUGCUGCUGCAAAAAUAGGGAAGCUGCUGGGGGAGCGAUUGCGGGUCAAAGGCGUUCCUGCUGUUUCGAUAUUAUUCAAAAGGGAUCAGAGAUAUCAUGGAAAGGUCAAAGCUGUGAUUGAUUCCAUAAGGGGAGAAGGAAUCGAAUUGGUUUGAAUUUUGGAUUAUGAUACUAUGUGCUGCUGAUGAAUAAAUAAUUCCUGAGUUUAUUUCAUGGCGUCUCUCUUGAACAAUUUAUGCUAAAAAACUUGGGUUAUUUGAUUCAAAUGCAUCGUGGGACAGGGAAACUGGAAAUGUAAUUUUUGUUUAGGGUGCUCUGCAGUUAGCACUUUGCAAGUUUAUUGGUACUACAAACGUUGAAAAGUUAGCACAGAUUCUUCAUGUUUUCCUGACAUUUUACUCAAAUUACUCACUUACUUUACAUUUGCCGUUUCA